AUGGAAACCCUCAAUGCACAAGAAGGUCAAUUAAUGGUAAGAUCUCUUUUCUUUGAUGGUAAUGAUUUUGUUUAUUGUAAGAAUAGGAUGUAUUACUUCUGCAAAUCAGAAGGAGUAGACUUAUGGGAUGUUGUUGAAAAUGGACCAUUCACUCCAACCAAAGUGGUAAAAGGUGUACAUGUGGCAAAACCAAAUGGUGAAUGGAGUGAGCAAGAAAAGAAAAAAGUAGCUCUAAAUGACAAAGCAAUUCAUGUUUUGUUUUGUACUCUUAGUAGAAGUGAGUGCAAUAAAUUGGAUGAGACUAUAAGUCAAAUGUAUGAUCGAUUUGUGGAGAUCAUUGGAAGAAUUAAAUCCCUUGGGAAAACAUUCACAAAUAAAGAACUAAUAAAGAAGAUUCUAAGGAGUCUUCCUAAGGAGUGGCUACCAAAAGUAACUUCACACAAGGAUUCCAAAGAUUUGAGCAAGGUACAACUUGAUGAACUUUUGGAAAAUUUCAUUGACUAUGAGAUGACACUAAAAAAAGAGCAAUUUGAGGAACCAAGUAAAGCCAAAAAGAAUAUUGUUUUUAACGUGUUUUCUAAAAACUCUAGUGAUAAAAAUGAAGAGUUUGAUGAGGAAGAGUUGGCCUUAGUUACAAGAAGAAUAAGGAGGAUGUUAUGCAAAAAUAAGAAGUUCAUUCUAAAAAGGAACUUUAAAAAGGAUAAGGGUGAGAGUAGCAAGAAGGAUCUUAUCAUUUGCUAUGAAUUCAACAAGCUGAGUCACAUUGAAACGAAGUGUCUUAAGUUAAAAAAGCCUUCCAAGAAGUUCAAAAAGAAGGCACUCAAAGCAACAUGGAAUGAAUCAAGUGACUCCAAAGACAAGGAGAUUGGGAAUAAAGUUGCCAACAUAUGCUUCAUGGUAAUGGAGGAAAGCUCAAAUGAGGUAACUUUAAGUGAUAAUGAUGUUGAAUUUUCUUGUGAUGAACUUGUUAAUGUUUUUAAAGUCAUGAAUGAUGAACUAGAGUGGAGUCAUAAGAAAAAAAAGCUCUUGAAAAGUGAACUAGUUAGCUUAAGGAAGGAGAGUGAGACCUCAUCAAAGCUUUCUAGACCUUUAGAUAAUGAUACGCAAAAAAACCUUAAAUGA